AUGGAGACGAUAAUGGAAGUGGACGAAGAAGAUCACUCCGUUGUUCAUGGCGAAGCUGCGAACGGCGAUUUGAACGGAAAAGAUGAUGCCAGCAACCGCAAUAUCCAGAGCCCUAAAGCUCUCUCGAUCGACGACGACUCCGGUGACGAAUCCGACGACGAUGAAGAUGAUUCCCAGCUUGCUGAGCAGCUGAAAGAGUUGGAAUAUGAACUGGCUGCCAAUCCGUCUAACUACGAUGCUCACGUUGAAUGCAUUAAGCUGCUAAGGAGAAUGGGGGAGUUGGAGAAGCUGAGGCAGGCAAGGGAAGCUAUGAAUGCAUUGUUCCCGUUGACACCUUCUAUGUGGCAAGAAUGGGCCAAAGAUGAAGCUUCUCUUUCGUCUGGGCCCGAGGAUGUGGUAGCUGUUGAGAAAUUGUACGAGCGAGGGGUCCUGGACUAUUUGUCUAUCGCACUUUGGUGUGACUACUUGAGCUACAUUCAAGAAUGCGAUCCUUCUGUUCGCGAGUGUUCUCCUGAUGGGAUCUCAAAGGCCAGAAAUGUGUUUGAUCGUGCAUUAACUGCCGGUGGAUUACACGUCGCGGAGGGGAAUAAGAUAUGGGAAGCAUACAGGGAAUUUGAAGAGGCUGUCAUGUAUACAAUUGACGACAAAGACAGUAAGGCCAAGGAAUCACAGGUCCAGAGAGUCAGGAAAUUGUUCCAGCGACAAUUGUCUGUACCUCUUGUUAAUUUAGAGUCUACACUUGUAGCUUACAAAGCAUGGGAAGUGGAACAGGGGAGUAAUCUUAAUGCUGAGUCAAGUGAUUUGGAUGGGGUUCCUACUCAUGUUGUAUCAGCAUACGAGAAGGCCAUGGAAAUGUAUAAUGCCCGUGUUGGAUUUGAGGAGCAAAUUUGUAUGAAGGGCAUAUCUGAAGAAGAAAAGUUACAACGUUUCAUGAAUUACUUGACAUUUGAAAAAUCAGACGGCGAUCCGGCACGUGUGCAAGUUCUGUUUGAACGAGCUGUAGCUGAGUUUCCUGUGUCAAGUGACCUUUGGCUUGAUUACGUGCGGUAUAUGGACAGUACAUUGAAGGUUGGUAAUGUUGUAAGAGAUGUUUACAUGAGGGCCUCGAGGAAUUGCCCUUGGGUUGGAGAACUUUGGGUCCGUUACUUACUUGCCCUGGAACGUGGUCAUGCUCCUGAGGAAGACAUAUCUGCUGUUUUGGGGAGAGCCUUGCAGUAUACCUUUUCAACCCUAGAAGAGUACCUUGAUUUAUUCCUCACGCGAGUGGACGGCUUGAGGCGAAGAAUUCUGUCUGGUAGGGACAAAGAGGGCGUCUUAGAUUUCUCCUUAGUAAGGGAAACCUUUCAGGCAAGUAUCAGUUGGGCCUAUUAUAGAAGAUUGCUCUGCUUUGUGCUUAUUGUUCCACAUAUGGAGGAAUAUGCAUCAGACUACUUGUCACCACAACUAAAGAACACAGAUAGUUUGUUGCGGCUGCAUGCUUAUUGGGCCCGCCUAGAACUAAAUCUGGGGAAAGAUUUAGUGGCAGCACGAGGUGUUUGGGAGAGUUUGCUUAAGACCUGUGGUUCACUGAUGGAAGCAUGGCAAGGUUAUAUCACAAUGGAAACCGAGUUGGGUCAUAUUAGUGAAGCUAGAUCAAUCUAUAAGCGAUGCUAUGGUAAAAGAUUAGCUGGAACAGGAUCAGAGGACAUAUGCCACUCUUGGCUGCGGUUUGAGAGAGAAUUUGGAACGCUUGAAGAUUUUGAUCUUGCUGUGCAAAAGGUGACACCUCGACUAGAAGAGCUGCAGCUAUACAAGAUGCAGCAAGAGUUGAAAACCCCUGUUGCUACAGUGGGGCAGAAGGAGAAUCCUGUUCCUAAGAAUGCUCGUGAGAAGAGGAAAGGAGGCUCAAACAUCAUUGAUGAACAAUCUCCAGCAAAGCGUAAAAAGAUGGCCACUCAAGCCCAGAAGAAAGAGCAAGGCAAUGUUCAACAUCAAGAUCCUGAUCAAGCUCAUGGAGAUAAAACAAAAGAGGCCAAGGAUGUCACUGGAAAGACUGACCAUGAACCUGGGAGAAGGGUGACGGAUUCUAGCAGUGGAAAGCCUAAAGUAUAUAAGGAUGAGUGCACUAUAUUUGUAUCCAAUCUAAAUCUCAAGGCCAACUCAGAAGAUCUGCGUAAAUUCUUUGCGGACAUUGGGGGAAUCUCUUCCAUUCGAAUAUUGCAUGACAAGUUUACUGGAAAAUCGAGGGGGCUGGCAUAUGUGGACUUUUUAGAUGACGAGCAUCUUGCUAAAGCCGUAGCAAAGAACAAGCAAACGUUACUUGGCAAGAGAUUGAGCAUUGCACGGUCCAAUCCGAAAAAGGGCAAGAAAGGCGAUUGGGGUGCUCCAAAAGCUCUCGGUACUGAUGGAGGAAAGAAGGAUGAGGAAUCUGAGCCUACAGAGGUCGGAACCUCAGAUGAGUCGAGAACGUCCCAGGCUUCACACCAGGAAGGGGGUCGCAGGCAGGUUGAGGAUGUAGUGCUCAAGGGUAAGAACACUUUUGCCGCCCCGAGAAACAUGGUUAAAGCACUUGGUUGGACCGAUCGACAACCCAUGCCCCCUUCAGAAGAUGGAGAUGAACAGCCCAAGUCAAACGACGAGUUCAGGAAAAUGUUCAUCAAGGGUUGA